GAGUGUUUGGACAGAAGAGUAAAGAUGGAAAGUCCUAUAAAUAUAAAAGAAGACAAGGACAUUCUGAAUGGCAAAGGAGAGGAGGAAAGUUUGAAUGGAAUAGAAGAUGAGGAAAGUUUGAAUGGAAUAGAAGAAGAAAUAGAUAUUGUUGGAGAAUCAGAAGAGGAAGAUAUUAUUGAAGUGACCGAUUUAGAACAACUGUGUGGAAGUGUUGGUGUUGACAUACAAUUUCCAGGUGAAUAUGAGGUGGAAGAAGUUCUAAAGAAAAGGAAGUAUAAAGGAAAAAUACAAUAUCUUGUGAAAUGGGCUGGAUUUGCAGAGUGUACCUGGGAGCCAUGUAAAAACAUUCCUCAGAACUUAAGAAUGUUGAAAAAUUAUAGUGCCUGAUGUUCAUUCUGCUCUUUCAUUUCAGUCUGUAAUUGCGUCAUUAGGCGAGACUUUCUUUAUACAUUGUUUAGCGAACAUGCGGCACACUAAUAAUGAUAAUUUUGAAUAAAAUUUAUUUUUUAUUAUGUUAAUUAACUAAAAUAUGCAAAUAUGGGAAUCAGUAAUAUAAAAAUAGUAAUAUUAGACAAUUUUAAUCACAUAAGUAGGCCACGCCUACUUAUCCUCUCAUCGAGGACGUUUUGAGUCCUUCCUGAUUCCAGUUAAAAUUGGUUUAAUGGCAUUUUUCCACACCACUAGCAGUUUCUGUUAGCCCAAUUUCUAUGGGUGUGGACAAUAUUCACUUAAAAUGAAAUAUAUGUGCUAUUGUAUGUGCUGUCCUUUAGGUCGAAUGAAUUAUGCAGUUUUAUAAUGAUAAUUAUAAGUGAUUUUUAUUGGAAACUACCAAAACAGGACUUAGUUGGGUAAAAUUCGUAGGUGAGUAUGACAAUAUUUACGAUAAUACUGUAUUUUUGUUUUUUGUAGUAUAGAAAAUUGGUUUCUCUUAGAAACCCCACCUCCCACUCCUAUUGUAAUGUCUUGUUCAAAAUAUGUGUUGCAAGAAUACUUUAUAUGAAUUAGAUAAACUAAUAAUAGUCAUCAAGAAUUAAAAUUAAACCAGUUAAUAUGUGAAAAAUUUAUUUACUCCCGUACCAUUGUUUCUUAGAUUUGUCAUUCAUUUCUUUCCUUUAAUUCCAAGUUUGUAAAUGUAUGACUAGCAUUAUGACAGUAAAUGGUAUCAGAAUAUUAAUUUGAUCACUUGGUAAUGACAACUAGCAAACAAUAGUAACAUCAUAUCUUCAUUUUACAAUUACCAAAGAAUGAGUUAUUUUGUGUAACCUUAAAAAAUGUGCAGAAUACAUAGGGCUGCUUUUUGCUGUCUGUUAUUUGAAACAUUUGUCGUUUUUAUUAAAUAAAGUUACUUAUAUGUA